UUCUUUAUCUUACAGGCUCUCUUGAGCGUUUCAAGGAAGUUUGAAGUACUCACAAAUACGUGUAAAACCCAUAAAGAAUCAAAGGAAAGGAAAGGAAAGGAUGAGUGGUAGCAGCGGCGGCAGCAGCAGCAGCAGCAGCAGCAGGAUAAUAGAUCAAGAAAGUGGAGCAAGUGCAUCUCAAAGGAAAUUCAAGGGAGCAAGAAGGCGAAAAUGGGGCAAGUGGGUGUCUGAAAUAAGGAUUCCUGGGAAGCAAGAACGACUUUGGUUAGGUUCUUAUUCUACACCCGAGGCAGCUGCGGUGGCUCAUGACAUAGCUUCUUAUUGUUUACGUGGGCCUUCUUCGUUAGAGAGUCUGAAUUUCCCCCUAAUGUUGCCUGCAAGUGUAAGGGAAGACAUGUCACCCAAGUCCAUACAGAAAGCUGCGUCGGAUGCUGGGAUGGCAAUCGAUGCUCAGAUGAUACUGAACAGGUCGCUCCAAAACGAGGUCAAGGUUGGACCUGAGAAUGUUGCGAUUAAUCAUGGGCCACAGACACAGUUAUGGGAACCUGCAGCAGGUGGUGGUGGUGAUAGUAGUAAUCGUUGCGAGAACUGGCAUGAAAACAAUAUCGGAACGAGAGUAGGGGACGAUUUAAACAUCUCCAUUGAAGAUUAUCUCAUGUAGUUUAGGCUUUGAGACCAUGUUUUAUGUGAUCUAAUUCAAGUAUGUGCGUGUAUAUAUGUAUACCCAGUGAUAUAUCAUUAAAAUGGAAAUCGGAAGGUUAUCAGAUAGCGGUGUAAUACAUUACGCCGGCUAGCUACAUUUUUUCUA